AUGCAGGAUAUUCGGCGUUUUGAAGAGGGAAAGGACGCUGUACUCGUCACACGGCACCUCGCUGCUCUUCAUGGCCCUCCACACCCGGUCGUAGCUGCCCUCCAUGAGCCACCGCUCCAGGCGGAUGGGGUACCCCAGGUACCGGUCUCCCUCGACGUCGCCGCCGCCGCCCUCGCGGUUGGCGAGGCUCUCGAGCUCCGAGUGGAACUCGGCGUAGCGGCCCUGGGUGAGGAGGAGGAGCAGGCUGAGCCCCGUGACCUUGUUCCGCUCGGCGACCUGGGGGGCCAGCCGCGCGGAGGGGAGCUCGUAGUAGGGCUGGAGCUGCUGGACGUAGCGGGUGAAGGCGUCCGGGUUGCGGGCGCGGAUGGCGAAGAGGGCGCCCUGUUCGUAGGUCUCGCGGGCGAGGGCGAGGACGGUCUGGGGGGUGGUGGGCGAGGGGGUGAGGGCCUUGAGGCUGAGGAGGGCGAGCUUGGCCUUGGAGAGGAGGGCGUUUGCGUCGGCGUAGGGCAUGGAGGGUGA